AUGGGUGGCUUCAAGGCCGUCGAGGACCGGCCGACGCCGAAGGAGGUGUACAACUGGAAGCUCUACACCGAAGCCGCCAUCAUCGCAACCGGCUCGUUCCUAAGCGGCAAAUUGUUGACUCGUGCUUCUGUUUUGUUUGUUGGCAGCUUCGGAUACGACUCGGCGUUCAUCGGGACGACCAUCGCCCGCAACAGCUUCAAGAGGGACUUUGGCAUCAACGCCGAGAACUCGAACAACAUUUCGAGCAACAUCACGUCGGCCUUCCAGGCGGGCGCCCUGGGCGGCGCGGUGCUUUGCUUCUUCAUCACCGAACGCCUGGGCAGGAAAUGGACCCUGCAGGCCAACGUUGUCAUCUUCCUCGUCGGCGCCAUCCUGAUGACUGUCGCUACGGAUCAACUCUCCUUCAUCUAUGCUGGACGCGCCCUUACCGGAGUCGGAUGCGGCGGCAUCACGGCCACGGUCCCCUCGUACAUCGGCGAGCUAUCCAUACCGUCGAUCCGCGGCAUCCUGACCGGCCUCUUCGAGGUCGCCUACCAGGUCGGCUCCGUCAUCGGCUUCUGGAUCAACUACGGCAUCACCCAGACCAUCGACCCGAACCUGCCCGUCAGCUGGCGGAUCCCGAUGGCCUUCCAGCUCGCGCCCGCCGGCAUCCUCUUCGCCGGCUGCUUCUUCAUCCACGAGAGCCCACUGUGGCUGCUGCGCAAGAACAAGACCGAGAGGGCGCACAAGGUCCUCGAGGGUCUCCGAGGCCUGCCCAUUGACCACAAAUACAUGCAAGAGGAGCUCGACAUGUUCCAGAAGAAGAUCGACGAGGAGCGGGCCGUCUCCGCGCAGUACGGAAACGGGCAGUGGGCGUAUCUGCGCGGCGUCGCCAACAUGCUUUGCCGCAAGGGCAUGUGGAACCGCCUGGUCCUCGUCUUCUGCGCCUUUGCCCUCAACAACCUCUCCGGCGCUGCUGCCAUCAACUACUACUCGCCGACCCUCUUCAAAUCGAUCGGCAUCACGGAUGUCUCCCUCUACACCGGAAUUUACGGCUUGAUCAAAGCCAUUGCGUCCAUCAUUUACUUCAUCUUCCUGAUCGACCUUCUUGGACGACGCUGGCCCGCCAUCCUGUCCUCUUUCAUCUGCUCGCUGUGCCUCUUCGUAGUGGGCACGUACGUAAAGAUCGGGCACCCCGCCGACAUCAUCGCCGCCGGCAAAGAACUGUCCGCCUCGACUGCAGCUGGCGGCAAAGCGGCCACAGGCAUGAUCAUGAUCUAUUCCAUCUGCUGGUCCUUCGGCUUGAACGGUAUCCCGUGGAUCGUCAGUGCCGAGAUAUUCCCCGGUGCGCUCCGCAACUUUACCGGGACCUAUGCGGCUCUUGUCGUCUGGGCCACCCAAUUCGCCAUUACCAAGGCCAUGCCGUAUAUCUUCAGCUCCUUCGGCUACGGGACCUGGUACUUCUUCGCCGCCUGGAUGAUCAUCGCGACCCUCUGGGCCUUCUUCUUCUUGCCCGAGACCAAGGGUCUCACCAUGGACCAGAUGGAUGUCAUUUUCGGCUACGCUCAAGAUGCGCGCCCGGAGCCCUCCACCAAGUUUGUCGAGACGGCGUUCGAUGAUAACAAGGCCAAGUCAAGCGAGCAUACGGAAGAUGUCUAA